AUGAAAAAAAAACAAUUAAAAGAAUUAAAUCAAGAAACAUUAUCACCAUCAUCAUAUGAAUUUUGGGAUGAUUUUUAUGAUAGUGGUGAAGGUAAAGGUGAAUGUUAUGAAUGGUAUGUUAAUUUCAAUCAAUUAAAGAAUUAUUUAUUGAAUUUGAUAAAAGAUGGUGAUAAGAUUUUACAUGUUGGUUGUGGUAAUAGUUUUUUAGCAGAGGAUUUAGUUGAAGAGACUGAAAAUAUUCAUAUUGAAAUUAUAAAUAUUGACGUUUGUGAGAAUGCAAUCAAUAGAAUGAAUGAAAGAAAUAAGAAAAUUACAAAUCAACGUGUUAGAAAUAGUUUAAUUUAUCAAGUUGAAGAUGCGACUGAAACAAACUUUAAAGAUAAUCAAUUCAAUGGUAUCUUGGAUAAAGGUACUGCUGAUGCAUUAUUAUCAACAUUAGAGUUGGAGCAAGGUGAUAACGAAAUGGUUAAAUCAUUAUUAAGAGAAAUGUAUCGUCUCUUAAAAUAUCAUACAGGUUGGUUCGUUUGUGUAUCAAGAAAUGUCUGUUUGGAACCUUAUUUUUACAGUGAUGAAAUGACAAAUUGGGAUUUAAAAAGAAUUGAUUUAACUACAAAUUCAACAAAAGGAAAAGGUAUAACUCAAGUUAAUUAUAUUUAUUUAGCAAAAUCAUUACCACUUUCAGAUAAUGAGAAUGAAAAUGAAAAUUAA